GGGUCUCGUGUUGGUCUGGAUUUGAGCGUGCAAAUAAAAUACAUCUUGUCAAAAAUAAUCAGUCGCAAAUAAGCGUGUAGCUUUUAAACUUUAGCGUACAUCCUUUGUUUGAAAAUCUUCAAGUCUGUUCGCCAUGUUAUUGGAAUCGGCCCGAAAACAUUUCAAUAUAUCGAACUCCGUAGAGUGUUAAUCGAUAUUCGAAGCAGCGAAUUUCGCAGAAAGCCGGCCAUUACGUCGAAUAGGGUGUAAGUAAACGCGUAGGGAGCGUGCUGGAUCAUACAUAUGCACCGGUUCGUGUGUAUCCUUCUCUUCGAUUGCAGUUAACUUGGAUCACGAGCACGGCAUCCCGAUGCUACCGGUCACCGUCCCCGAGGGUUCGUCCUGCAAUUUAAAUGACUGCGACACGCAGCAAAUGUCUCUCGGGCUCGGCCAACAACACCGGCUUACCCGCAGCCUGGUCUCGGUUGGUUCCAUCGUCUGCCGAAUAUGUCACACAAACACGUCCAAGGAGCCGCUCAUUUCACCUUGUAGAUGCAAAGGAUCGUUGGCUUACGUGCAUUUGGCAUGUUUGGAAAGAUGGUUGAACCAGUCGUGCCGAUCUUAUUGCGAAUUAUGCCGUUAUCACUUCAAUGUUAUCGAAACACCUCGUUAUCGAUGGCCAGAAUCGUUGAGGAUAUGGAUUACUCACCCCAGGAAUCGUAGAAACAUACAGUCAGAUUUGCUUAUCUUCACAUUACUUUCCGUCGUUACUGUGGGUUUGGUAACAGUUUGUCUCUUAGGCAUGCAAUAUUUCGUCAUCGAGGGAAAUAAGAUUGGAAUUUCCAAACUCUGGACAAGAGGAGCUAUAUGGUUUUUUCUCACCAUCGUGGUACUGGGUUACAUUACAACGGUCUAUUUACUCGGGAAGCAGCCCGGAAUCAGUUUCGCUCGGGUUUCGAUCAGGCUAGCUCGAAGCCUGGCCACUUCGAAGCCACUCUGGUCUAAUUUAUCGAGCAGAGUGUCUUUUGGCCGUGACAACCGAAACUAUCUAGAUAAUUUAAAUCGACCAGAAAAGAACGACCGCUUGUACAGAUUUUCCCCUUUGCCUUCGCCACUUCAGUCAACUCAUUUUUCUUUUCGUCAGGACCAGGUGUCGCCGUGGUAUAGGUGGUGGAAGAGCACUGUCAACGUGAGGCUUAUCAUGGAUCCGCAACUAUCCAGGCUGCCGUCAGAAUCAUUUCAAGCUCACGAGAAUCAAACGUCGGGUAAUCCUGUUGUAAGUUCAGACAUAAUCUCCUACGAAUAAGAUACAGAUAAAUAUUACGAAGAAGAAACUUGACAACUUACAUUCUCUGUUUUUUUAAUAGGGCAAUAAUUGUUAAAUUUAACACGCUGCACAUGUAUUUGAAG